UGAUGCCGAAGGUUCCCAUCUCUUUAGGUCAGACACCUCCACUUACAAUUUUUAAACUAGCGCAUGGCCACCUAUUUCGCUAUGUUUAUCCGCUUUUGUGAAUGACAUCCCUACCAUUUUAUUGUUAUGAUAAUUUGAUAAGUACAUGCUGCGAAAAAGGGUCUACCAACUAUUUUAACGAUCGAAGUAGCUAUAUUGCGCAUGUGUCAUGAGCCUCAUGGUGACUUCAACGUCACGACUAUGUGUAAUUCUGACCCCUCUGUCAUAGUAGUAAUAGCUAGCUAGCUAGCUAGCUGCUCUGUUGGAUUCGUGCUUUCGGAGUUGCAACCAUGAAGACUAGUUGGGGGCUCCCAACGAUUGAAAUACAAGAUUGUAACUUGUAAUUGAAAAAAAAAACUCAUUGCAAUCUCUGAAUCUGGACGUGGCACCGAAUUAGUAUUUUGGUUGCAGCCCUACAGAAUGUCCAAGAUCAGGCGGAAGGUAACAGUGGAGAAUUCAAAGACCAUUUCCGACAGCAGCACCACCACCACCCCCUCUCGCCGGCCAAGCGUGUUUGAGAGACUUGGACCCAGUACUGGAAGUAAUGCUGCCGAGACACACUGUAGAAAUUGGUUAAAGACUGGGAACUGCAGUUACGGCAAUACUUGUCGCUACACACAUGGAACUCAGCCGCGAGGCAAAGGAUUCAGUGGAACUUACAGAAGGUCAUCAGAAAGGCCCACUGGCGAUCUCAGAGAGAGGAUGAAGAACAAGAGACAGGAUGUGGAAUCUGAUGUCCAACAGAGAGACCUAGAAGAGCCCACUUCCCCUACAACCAGACCGCGAGACUCCUCUCGAGGCCGUCACCGGGAGAAAGAGGAUAUAAAGAUCACUAAAGAGCGUACUCCUGCCAGCGAGGAAGAGCCGGCAGAGUGGGACGCAAACCGCGAAGACUCCGAUAACGGCGACUACGACUACGAGUUGUCUCUGGAAAUGAAGAGACAGAAGAUUCAGCGUGAGCUAAUGAAGCUAGAGCAGGAAAAUAUGGAGAAAAGGGAGGAGAUCGUUAUCAAGAAAGAGGAACCAUCCAGCAAGAGCAGGACCAGCAGCCUAGCAAAGAUCUCUCCUGAGCCGGCAAGUUCUAAGGGAUCCCCUUCAUCGCGGAAGUCCAGUGGAUCGCCCAAGAACAAAUCCGGGACCAAAUCUGCAGGGUCGAGCAAGAAGGAGAAGAAGGCCUCCGUCAUCUCCUCUCCGGUGUCGGAUCAGGCCAGACCCUCCAAGAACGCUCACAGCAAGAAGAAAGGGCCCCGGACCCCCAGCCCCCCUCCCCCCGUCCCGGUGGACACCCCUGUGGCGGGGAAGAAGCACAAGGGCAAACACAAGAACAAGGACAAGCUGGAGGAGAAGCCCAAAGAGGGCAAGGAGAGGGGCAGGGAUGCCGAGAAGCACAGGGAGAAGAAGGAGAAGCGCAGGGACCGCUCGGAGAGCUCCCACAAACCGAAGAGGUCGGUGACCCCCGAGGAACGUUCUGGCAGCGCCUCAUCCCCUUCCAGGGAGGUGUCACCCUCCCCCAGACUGGCCCCCCCGAAACCCUCUGCCCUAACCUCUCCACCACCCAGGUCCCCGACGCCCCCUCGACACCCCCGCACCCCCACGCCUCCCCGGCACCACUCCCCCUCCUCCCACUCCGGCUCGUCCACGCUCAGACGCUCCGCCUCCCCGGCGUACCUGCGUGACCCCACCUCCUCCCCCGCCCAGCGCCGCUCGCGGUCGCCCGCGGUAACGCACGCCACCACCCCCCCUCCCCACCGCAGGCCCAGCCCCCCCCGCCACCUCUCCCAGGCCCGCGAGAGGACCCCGCCCCUGCCGGAGCGACGGCCGGAGCGCAGAGACGAGAGUCGCGGGAAGCGUGAGAAGGAUUCCCGGGACGACCGGGAGUACGAGGGUGAGCAGAGCUCGACGCGACCGUCCCGCGAUGACCGGGAGACGACCAGAGAGGGCCGGGGCGAGCGGAGGGAGGUGCGGGAUCGGCGGGAAGGCCGGGAUUCCCGGGAACGCCGUGUGGAGGGGCGCUCCGGACGGGAAUCGCUGGAGUACCGGGACCGGGACCGCGACAGAGAGCGGGAACGGGAGCGCGAGCGAGCCGACCCCCACAGGAAGGAGGAGGCGCCGCAGGAGGACCGCGGCUAUGGGAGAGGCCACGCCCGCGAGGACCCCGCCCGCCCAGAGGGCAGGACUGAGCCGAGGGGGGCCGAGUCCAGAGCAGAGCCCCGCCCCGAGAGACCUGGCAGGGGGCGGGACCGGGGAACAGAGGCUGGAGAGAAGGGGACCCGGGCCUCCAGAGGCUCCCAGUUCGACAGCGGUAGUGGGAGCAGUAGUGGAAACCUGCACGAGAACUGGGAAUCCCGUGGGAACUAUGGGGAUCGGAGCGUGGAGAGAGGGGCCGACCGCGACCGCUACGAUGGCGACCGCCGCGGGGAGCAGCCCCGAGACUCCUCCUACGACCGGAGAGGGGGGCACGCCGACCGCGACCGCAGGGAGAACAGGGAGAGAGAAACCAGAGCGUCUUCCCCCGCCCGACACCAGGGGCGCAGCGAGGAUCCGGAGCGGGACCGCGAGGACCGGAGGGAGGACAGGAGAGAGGAGCGGCGGGGGGACGACCGGAGAGACGACCGCACCCGAGAGCGCGAUAGAGAGAGGGAGAGAGAGCGAGAGAGGGAGCGGGAGAAGGACAAGGAGAGGGAGAAAGAGCGGGAGACUGAGCGAGAGCGUGUCCGAGAGAGAGACCGGGAGAGGGAGAGAGAGCGAGACCGCGAGAGGGAGAGAGAGAGGGAGCGAGAGGAGAGGGAGAGGGAACGCGAGCGGGAGGAGAGGGAAAGGGAGCGUGAGGACAGGGAGCGGGAGAGGAAGGAGAGGGAGCGAGAGAGGGAGCAGAGGGAAAGGGAUCGGCAGAGAGAGUGGGAGGAGAGAGAGAAAGGGAGGGAGGAGCGUAGGGAGCGGAGAGAGGAGGGGAGAGAAGAUCGUUCCACUCUCAGGGAGACCCAUGAGGACCGGAAGACCAGCCGUAAGAGGCACCGUGUGGAGAGCCCCCCCAGCCCACGGCCGUCCCCCAAAAGAGCUCGGGACACCAGCCCCCCCGACAGUGACGGCUACAACAGCACAGAAGAGAAACGAGGGGAGAAACACCGGCUUCUGAGUCAGGUGGUCCGGCCCCAGGAGCCCUUGCGCUCGCCGCCCUGCCCCCCCGCGGAGGAGAAGCCCAGCCGCUGGAAGGAGGAGGAGCGACGGACGGAUAAAAAGGACGUGAGCAGGAGCCGGCACGAGGAGGCGGAGUCACGCAGCGACCGCGCCCCGGUCAGGGUAUCCGAACGGCGGGGUGGGGAGCCCCUCUCCGAAAGCUUGUCCGCCCCGCCGGUGGCCACCGCCGAGUCCCGGCGCGGCAAAGACCGGCAGGACUCCACCCCUCCUGCGGCACCCCCUGUACCUCCCCCAGCACAGGAGGAGAAAGGAGCCCCGCCCCCGGCCACUCAGGAGGAGGGCAAGAAGAAGACCAAGUCCCAGAAGAAAGGGCUGAAGAAGAACCGCAGGGAGGAGGAGGUAGGGACGGGGCCUGAGAGGGCCGUUAACCCUGAACCGCCCGCCCCUGCCGCCGCCCCCCUGGAGCCCCCGCCCCCUCUCCUCUCGCCCCGCAAGACCCCCAAGAAGAAGGCCCUGGAGAAGAAGCGCAAGCGGUCGCGAGGUGGUGAAUCGGACGUCUCUGAGGAGGAGCCGCAUCACCAGCAGCCCAACAAGCGCAAACGCGGGCCCAGGACCCCACCAUCGCUGCUUCCACACCCCGCCAGGGACCAGUCCCCAGCCCAGAAACCAGCCGCCUCCGCCACCUCCGGGGACCCACCCCCACAGCCGCCACCUCCACCCUCAUCUACUGCCAAGGCAGACGCGGCCUUCAGCGACUGGUCGGACGAGGAGGUCCCCCCCCCGGCCCCGGUAGAGAAGGUUCGUCCGGACCUUCUCCGGAGAGGGGGGCUAGCGGCGGUGAUGAAGGGUGGCGACAAGGUGCCGGCUAUAGCCCCACUGCUCCCCCAGGAGCCUCCGAUGCUCCCGCUCCCUCUGCAGCCGCUCCUGCCCCAGCACCUCUUGCGCAAGCCUCCUGCCGAGCAGAAGCGCAGCAGCAGUUUGGGCAGCAACCAGAGUCGUGCCUCCUCCCGUCGCCUCCGCUCCCCGUCCAGCGACUCCACGCACCGCUCGGCUGCCGCCGUCGCCCCCGACGACCCCCCUCCCGGCGCCCGGCCUCGCAGGGGCCGCUUGCAGACCGCUGCCUCCCGCGACCGCGAGAGGGAGCGGGAGAGAGAGAGGGACCGUGACCGGGAGCGAGAAAGAGAGAGGGAGCGCGAGAGAGAGAGGGAGCGUGAUAGGGACAGGGAGAGGGAGAGGGCGGCAGCCGUGGAGCCCACAGAGAGGAGGUCCCGCAUCGACCAGCUGAAGAGGGGCGAGCCCAGCCGGAGCACCUCCUCAGACCGGCAGGAUUCGCGUAGCCACAGCUCCCGCCGGAGCUCCCCGGAGUCGGAACGCCAGGCCCGUUCCCGCGCAGGGUCCUACGACAGCCGUGAGCGGGACAAGGAGCGCGAGCGAGAGAGGGAGCGGGAGCGCGAACGGGAACGGAAGGACCUGCGUCCGCAGCCGCGGGACUGGGAGCGAGCAGAGCCUGAUUGGGUUGGGCGGAGCCGGGAGCCCCUCCCCCUGCUGCUCCGUGGCCGGGAGGCCAUGAGGGAGCGCGAACUGAGGGAGCUCCGCAAGCGGGAGGCAGAGCUGGAGAGGGACAACCGCCACCUGUCCGAGAGCCUGCUGCUCCACGAGCGCGACAGGCUGCUCCCGCUCGACCUGCCGCUGCACGCCGACAUCAAGGCCCGUGCGGAGGCCAAACCCGAGCUGGAGCCACUCAUGAUGCCUCGGGACCCCGUUCCCACGGAGAUGGACCGGCCUGCGGACAGCCUGCAUGCUCUGGAGGAGCCGCGGGAGGCGGAGAGGCCGGACAGUAUCGACGACGAGGAUGAUGGGAAGGUGGAGGACGCACAGUCUGCGGUGUCGGGAGGCGAGGAGUACGAGCCAAUCAGUGACGACGAGCUGGAUGAGAUCCUGGCCGACAGCGCGCAGAAGAAGGAGGACCAGCAGGACGAGGAGAAGAUCCCCGGGCCCCUGGAUGUGAUCGAUGUGGACUGGUCCAGCCUGAUGCCCAAGCAGAAGACCGAGCCCAGGGAAGAGGGGGCUGCGCUGCUGCGGUUCACCCCGGGGGCGGUCCUGCUCCGGACGGGCGUGUCACGGCGCCUGGCUGGGCCCCAGCUCCUCGCCCGGGUGAAGGAGGCCUGCCAGGCGGAGGUGCAGGACCCAAAAGAUUUGGAGCAGCUGUUUGAGCAGGACCUGGGUGCUCUGAACAUGGCCGCCCUGAAGAGGCGGGAGGAGAGGGCGGGUCUGAUGAGGAACCUGGGGCCCUGCUGCAAGGCCCUGUGUGCCCGCCGCGACCUGGCCAUCCGCCGGCAGCUGCUGAGAAAUGACAAGGGCAGCACCAAGCACAUGUACACGGGCACUCCCCUGGUGGACACAGAGCUGCUGCAGCUGAGCGUGCGCCUCUUUAAGAAGAAGACCAGCCAGCCCCAGCCCCAGCCCCAGGUCCAGGGCCAGGACAAGGCCGAGCCGGGUGGGGCCCUCUCCGAACCCAGCGUGCCGCCCCCAGUGUGCGUCCCCUGAGGGGCCGCUCUCAAAACGGAGCACAGACCCUGGAUCAGUUCACUCCCACCACUAUUACUAACCCCAAUCAUUGUCUUCAAAACCCGAGACUGACACGGGGUCAUUGUUUGGGGGGGCGUAAUCUGUACAAGCAUGACAUAUACCAUAGAGACUGCUGGAUGUGCUAGCCUAUGGAGGAAAUGAGGUCCUGUCAUGUCAAUUGAACUUGCUGAGAAAUGUUGACACAAAGCAGUGACAUACUGUGUUCAUGACUCUUUUGUUUUGUAUUAGAACAGCAUGUUUUUUUUUAAUUGUCUUUUAAACGAUGUGCUGUACUCAAAUUUGUUUUUGUGCAUCAGUUAGUAAAAAUAAGCCUUACAAUU